AUGGAGGUUGUCAAAUCUGCAGUUGUUGGCGAACUUGUGAGCCGGUUCAUCUCCUUCCUGAUGAACAAGUACCACUCCAACAGCCAUGCACAAUCAGAGAAGGUGGUGGAGAGGUUGCAGCGCCUCCUGAUGAGAGUCAGCACAGUCGUUGAGGAGGCAGAUGCGCGGUACAUAACCAACUCUGCGAUGCAGUUGCAGCUCAAGAUGCUCUCAGAGGCCAUGUAUGGAGGAUACAGUGCGCUGGACACCUUGCGGCACCGAACCAUCCAAGACAGUGCAGGCUUCGAUGAGGUUAGCAUCAACGACUCAUCUUGCAGCAACUUGUAUUUAGACAUUCCCCUCAAGCGUUCUCGAACAACUGAGAAGAAUGAUAAGACCAUGCGCCUUGAGUCUCAUGGUUCCUUGGAAAGCUUAGAAGUCAUAGUUGCUAACAUGACAGAAUUUGUUAUGCUUCUAGGUGGAUGUGAACGCAUGUCUCGUAGACCAUACGAUGUGUAUCUUUACAUUGAAAAUUUCAUGUUCGGCCGACACGCAAAAACUCUUGAGCUUCUUCUUGCAGCACAACAACCCUCCUGGUGA